AUGAGUAGUAUCUCGGAUUACAAGGUUGCCUCUGUGGCUUUGGGAUUCUCCCUCGGCUUUGGUUUCUUGACAGUAUGGGAGGCUAUGAAACAAACCAGGCGAAACCGGAGCCCCUUGCGAAGUACAUAUAUUUACAUGAUAUGGGGAGAGAUCAUAGCCAAUCUUGGGAUUGGAAUACUCGGCUAUCUAUUCCUGAAUGGCAUCAUUCAACCAGGCGUUCCAAUUUUCUUCUUUAUCUUAUUCUUCUGGGUCUUUGAGAUUCAACUGCUGUUCCAGAUCAUCAUCAACAGAAUCAGUAUCAUUGCCGAGUCUCGACAAACAAUCUGGCGCCUUAAAUGGGGUACAGCAUUUGUCACAACCUUGAUUAACAUCGCUGUCUUUUGCAUCUUUAUACCUGCACACGUUGACCCGCCGUUAGAAACAUUUGUUACCAUCAACAAAUACUGGGACAGAACUUCCAAGAUCCUGAUUUGCAUCAUCGACGCGGUUCUCAAUUGGUACUUUCUUCACAUUGUAAAAGAGAGGCUUCUCAAAGAAAACCACCUUACCAAGUAUCAACCACUUGUCUCGUUCAACUCAAAACUGAUGGUUGUGUCGGUUGCCAUGGAUAUACUGCUCAUUGGCCUCAUGUCCCUACCAAACCAGACAGUCUUCAUCCAAUUCCACCCAGUCGUAUACCUGGUCAAGCUCAACAUCGAAAUGUCCAUGGCUUCCAUGAUCACACACCUAGCCAAGAAGAAGAUGACAGACGAACUAUACCCAUCUCUGUCGUAUUCCACCACCCCGAAAAUACACAGUUCGAAGAACGCCACACAUGAUAAGACCCCAGGAUAUGGUGUAUCUAUAGAAAUGACUCACAAGUCAAAGGCAGGAUCUACUGCAAAGGCAUCGUUUGACGAUGAUUCGGAUGUGCCUGAGACAGCGAAUGGCAUCCACCGACGUAUCGACGUCAAGAUCGAGACGGAGCCAGUUCAACAUGAACGAAAGGGUAGCAAGUUCGGUCCAGUCGAGGUGGAGCUGCCAUCGCCUCGUAGUGAAGGGCGACCUAAGAGGAGUCGCUAUGAACAGAUUGAGCGGGGCCAAGGAGGAGCAUAA